AUGGAAAAUACAAGAAGUGAUGGAACAGUUGAAUCAUCUGAGGCUCGAAUGAGUCGUAUGGAACAAAUGCUUGCAGCUUUAAUUGAGGCAAUGACUCAACAACAGCAGAAGUUUCUGAAAAUGAAACUGCCGACUUUCUUAGGUGGUAUUGAGCCGUUAAAAGCAGAGACAUGGUUACUCGAAAUGGAAAAACUAUUUGAAGUAUUCUCUUGUUCUGAGAUUCAGAAAGUCCUUCUGACCACCUAUAAUCUGAAAGAUGAAGGCUGGAGGUGGUGGUUGUUAAUCCAAAAUAGUAAUGGAAAUAUGACGUGGACACAAUUUAAUGUGAUCUUCUACGAUAAAUACUUCCCUCAGUGUUUCUGGGAUCGGAAAGUUUCUGAAUUCCAAGAACUUAAACAAGGCAGGAUGUCCGUGGCUGAGUAUGAGGCCAAAUUUACUGAGUUGGCUCGAUUUACUCCACAUAUGGUGGAUACUGAUUACAAGAAGGCACAAAAAUUUGAAGACGGACUGGAUUUGGAAAUGUUUGGCUGA